AUGGCUUCGCGAUUUGUUGACGCCGGUUCUGUUGACGACUUUAUUUUGGAACAGGAGAACAAGAGCACGGCGCAAAAAACACAGCGUGAUGUUAAAUUAUUACAACUAUUUUUGGUGAACAAGAACGAAGAAAGAAACAUUGAAGAUAUCCCGAUAGGAGAACUAAACGAAUACAUGUCUGACUUUAUAAUUUCGGUCAGAACCAAAAACGGAAAAGAAUACGAGCCAUCUUCUCUUCGGAGUUUACUGGCAAGUUUCGAGCGGCAUCUUAAGAGGAAAAACUACCCUGCUAGUAUUAUCAAUGACUUGGCAUUCGAAAAGACAAGAAAAACUCUCGAGUCCAAGCAAAAACAAUUAAAAAAACAAGGAAAAGGAAAUAAACCAAACGCUUCUGUGGCUUUAACUACUUCGGAACUAAAUACGUUGUAUGAAAAAGACCUUCUCGGUACACGAAGUCCUGAGUCGCUUUUAAACACACUCUGGUUGAAUAACACUAUGCAUUUUGGACUCAGAGGUUGCAAAGAACACAGAGACAUGUGUUGGGGCGAUGUUAAGUUGAAGCAAACAGCAGACGGUGAGGAAUUUUUAGAAUUUAAUGAAAGACAAACCAAAACAAGAACCGGUUCAGAUUGCCGUGAUGUCAGAAAAAUGGCGCCUAAAAUGUUUGCUACUGAUGGGUCGGAAAGAGAUCCUGUCGUGGUCUACAAACUUUACGAGCGGAAGAGACCAGGAAAAAUGAACGAGGAUGAUUCCCCUUUCUACCUAGCUGUGAACAACACAUUAAAGAAAGAGUCGCUUCAAACGAAAGAGUGGUUCAAGGCCGCUCCUGUUGGAAUAAACAUACUGAACAGUCUGAUGAAGACAAUGGCUCAAAAAGCAGGAAUCAACAACGAACGACUGCGAAAUCACAGCGGGAGAAAAACAAUGAUUCAAACACUUAGCGAAAAUGAUAUUCCCCCGACACAUAUCGCUCAACUGUCAGGGCACAAGAAUUUAAAAAGCUUAGAAAGCUACAGCAAAGUGUCGAGCAAACAGGAAAUGCAAAUGUCCAAAGUUCUCAGUGGCUAUACAUCUGGUAGUGCAGCAAAGACAUCGUCUGAUAAAACAGUAAAUUCACCACCAACUUGCUCGCCCAUCUCCGAAGCACAACAAGCUAUGGCUUUAUUCAGCGGAGCUGUCAUUAAAGGCGGCAAUUUUUCCAUUAACAUAAACACAGUAAACCAGUCGCCCAAGCUCACAUUGGAACAAGAACCAAGCCAAAAUUCCGCCAAAGAUGAAGCGUUGUCAAAAUGGAAGAGACUUAAACCUUUAGAGGACAGUGACGAUGAGUUUUAG